UCAUUCCACGUCUACAUUUAUCAACGAUUUCAACGCCUUGACUUUCGCCAUCCUUCGAUAUCAUCGACUUUAGUUUUUUGUCAAAUUUCAUUUCCUACAUCACUUGAACAAAAUGGCACCCAAGAAGACUGCGGCUGCUGCCUCUGGUGACAAGAAGAAGCGCGGAAAGACCAGGAAGGAGACCUACUCUUCUUAUAUCUACAAGGUUUUGAAACAGGUUCAUCCCGAUACCGGAAUUUCCACUCGUGCUAUGUCUAUCUUGAACUCCUUCGUCAAUGACAUCUUCGAGCGUGUCGCAACCGAGGCCUCCAAAUUGGCCGCUUAUAACAAGAAGUCCACUAUCUCAUCAAGGGAGAUCCAGACCUCUGUCAGACUUAUCCUGCCUGGUGAACUGGCGAAGCAUGCCGUGUCGGAAGGCACCAAGGCUGUGACAAAGUACUCCUCUUCUGCCAAAUAAACUGUUUUCUUUUCUUUUUUUUGUUUGUUUCUUUUAUGCAGGAUUGUCUUUUACUACCUCGUUAUCUGUUAUGGUUUGAGGUGGUGGGUACAGGGUGUUCGCGGGAUUUUUAAUGCGUCACGGGAUGGCUUUGUUUUUCCCCAUUGGGCCAAAUGUUUUUCAUGGUU